UUAAAUUACGCAUUCGACCUCCAUUAGGCAGUACUCACACCAAUUCUACAAAAUGUGACAGGUGCAUAUUGUUGUCUAACUGCAAAUAUUUGUAUAAAUGUAUUUCCUGAGACUCGCCUACACUACCUGCGACUAUAAGCUUACACUGGAAUGUGUUCAGGAUGGAGCGAGUAGAAAAGAAUGCCUCUGCUACUCCCACUUCCACACGAUCCAAUCCGAGUCCGCGACGGUUUCAAGGCGCCCGAAAAUUGCAGAAGGAAAACAAAGCCGGAGAUAUAGAAAAUACAACUAUUUUAAGUCUUCAGUACCACGAAUUUGCGUUUCGAACAUAGACUACACUCGUUUGGUCGAUUAGUUUAGCGUUUUCUUCCCUCUGAUUCCAUAUUGGGAGGUUGUUUAUCAGUAGUAGGGGGGGCUUGAAACCGCCCUUGCCCCAUUUCCUCGGUUGUUUUGCUUUUUUCGCCUGGAUUCUCCAUGUUGGAGCAAUAGCGAGGUCUUUCACAGUGACACUAGCAAGUGGAGCUACCGUUCAAUUACUUUUUACAUAGCCUGUUACAUAUAUGUGGCGGGAAAGAUAGCCAGUAUUAAGCAACAAAAACAGCUAGCGAAUACGUUUCUUCUGUUGCAAUUUCGAGGAAGCGAAGAAAAACAAUUUGCUUUUUGGAUUAUAGCGAAAGAGAAGACCACAACAGCUUGCCCCAAGCGCGAGAGCUAACAGCUAGCUAGCUGAAUGUUGAAAGUGCCUGUGACUGGGGGGAACGGAUUGGAUUUAGAGGGGCUGCGCAUUUGUUAGAUGGAAAGUUCUAUCAUCACUCAAGUGCAAAAAGAAGAUACCCAUCUACCGUCCAAGACAGGCCAGGUGAGCAAAUCUUCCCCCAAGAAGCCUCGGAGCCGGAAUAUCUUCAAAGCGCUCUUCUGUUGCCUCAGAGCACAGGAUGUCCCCCAGUCUCCUCCCCCUUCCCAGGAUACCUUGCUGCCUCCUGAGGACAAUGGGACGAUCGCCAAGUAUGAUCUGCUCCAAACUCUUCGCUACCAGUAUCACCAAAUCCCAGGGACCAGCCUGCUGCCCGAGGUGACCCCUCAGGACCAAGGAAAGAUCUGCGUGGUCAUUGACCUGGACGAGACUCUGGUGCACAGCUCUUUCAAGCCAAUCAGUAAUGCUGAUUUCAUUGUACCUGUGGAGAUUGAGGGGACGACGCACCAGGUCUAUGUUCUGAAGAGACCCUAUGUAGAUGAGUUUCUGCAGAGAAUGGGGGAGCUGUUUGAGUGCGUCCUUUUCACUGCCAGUCUAGCCAAGUAUGCGGAUCCGGUGACGGACCUGCUGGACCAGUGCGAGGUCUUCCGGACACGUCUCUUCCGGGAGUCCUGCGUCUUCCACCAGGGCUGCUACGUAAAGGACCUUAGCCGCCUGGGCCGGCAGCUCAACAGGAUCCUCAUCCUGGACAACUCCCCCGCCUCCUACAUCUUCCACCCUGAGAAUGCUGUGCCUGUGGUGUCCUGGUUUGAUGACCUAGAGGACACAGAACUGCUGAACCUGCUACCCGUGUUUGAGGAGCUGAGUGAAGCGGACGACGUCUACGCCAAACUAAAGCAGCUUCGCGCGCCCUGAUCAAACACUCGCUCCUGUGUACCCCUCCCGUCUGAAUGAUGCCCGCCCACACACUCCUGCGCUCAGAUACACACACACACACGCCCACCCACACCCACAUACACACACACACACAUAUACAAACACACACAAAAUGCUGAGGACACGCACACACACCCCAAACAAAAUGCGGAGGGCACAUAUACACAUAAACACAAACACAUACACAUACGCCCACACAAAAUGCUGAUGGCACAUAGGUAUGCACACAAAUACUUAGACACACACAACACGAAGGAGACGCAGAGCCAAACUCACAGACAGAUGCAUAUACACACAUACACGGAGGACACAUGCAAACACAUCUCCUCCCCAAAGUCUGUGCCCAAGCUGAGCCUGGUGCUUUCAGUUCAAGAUGCAGAAACAAUCGACAGAUUGUCAUUCUAAACAACGAGCACUGCAGCCCCCCAGCCAAAACACACGCAUAUACACACGCACACACACACACACACACACACACACACAAGCACG